AUGGAGAAAGCCGCAGAAGGGGCGCAGAAGACGACAACCGUCGGUGGAACCAAGGAGGUCCAGUCGAAGAGUUUGACGUCGCAGGGAGAGCCGCCUUGGGAUGGGGUCAUGGUGGACGAGACAGACAAUCAAGCUCUCCACGCCUCAUUCCGGGACCUCGCGGUAAUCCAACUGCGAACCGACGACAGCGUGAAGGGGCUACAAGCAGAGGCGAAGGCCUCCAAGAAAGAGAGGACCAUGAUGAUGAAGAUCUUGAUGGGCGUACAUGCACAGCAGAAGCGAAUUGAGGCCUUCAUUGGGCUGCCCGAGGAUGAUGGAGAGGAGGAGGCGCAAUCUGUGGGGCUGGACAUGGUGCGGGCGGGACCAGGCUCGACCGGGCAGCCGACAGCGGCAGAAGAAACGUCCCCGAGCAGCAAGGGAACAACAGAGAACUCGGCGGCGGAGGCGGCAGCCCUCGGCCGAGAGCCCCAGGCGCCAGCGAGCCAAGCGGCAAGCGGGCCACGCAAACAGGAUGUGUUGGUUCCGCCUCCAACGACCUAA